AUGCCUAGUGAAGGUUCAAGAAAGGAUCCGGCAUGGAAUUACUCACAUUUGGAGAAUCCGAAAGAUACAAAUGCCGUCACUUGUAACUUCUGUGCAAAAGUUACAAAAGGAGGUAUUUAUCGGGCUAAGCAACACUUAGCUGGAGGAUAUAGAAAUGUGAGUGCAUGCACAAGAUGCCCAUCUAGUGUUAGAGAAGAAAUCAAAGAGUACAUGAGUAAGAAAAAGGAAGAAAAAGAACAAAUGAAUUUGUUACCUAGUGAUGAGAUUAAUUUCAUUGAUGGAGAGGAUGAGAAUGAUGUCAUGGAAGUUAGCAAUCGGGGAAAAAGGGUAGCUAGUGCAGGCAGUGCUAGUGUCAAUUCCUCAAAGAUGCAAAAGCAAAAGGGACCGAUUGAUUUAUAUUUCACUCCCAGACCGGAAAUUGUGGUACAAAAAAGAAAGGAGGGGGGAAAACAAACAGCCAUUAAUGAUGCAUGCAAGAAAGAGUUGAGAGGAAGAGCGUGUGCUGCUUUUGCAAGGUGGAUGUAUGAUGCAGGAAUUGCAUUCAAUGCUGUUAAGUAUGAUAGCUUUGCCGAGGUUGUUGAAGCAAUUGGACAAUAUGGUCCUGGCAUGAAACCACCUAGUUAUCAUGAGGUGAGAGUUCCUUUGCUUAGGAAGGAAUUGGAUAAUACCAAUGCUUUGAUGAAUGACCAUAGGGAGGAGUGGUCAAAAUUUGGAUGCUCAAUAAUGACAGAUGGGUGGACAGACAAGAGAGGGAGAACAUUGCUUAAUUUCCUAGUAAAUAGUCCAAGGGGAACCAUGUUUAUUGAGUCGAUAGAUACUUCUUCUUUUUCAAAGGAUGGUGACAAGAUGUUUGACUUACUUAAUAAAUUUGUGAACUGCAUUGGAGUAGCAAAUGUCGUCCAAGUCGUCACAGAUAGUGAGUCAAGCAAUAAGUAUGCCGGGAAGACGUUAGAGAAAGAACACCCACAUUUGUAUUGGACCCCAUGUGCUGCUCAUUGCUUAGACUUGAUGUUGGAAGACAUUGGGAAAAUACCGUCCAUCUCUAGAACAAUGCAGAGGGCAGUGGAGUUGAAUAGUUAUAUUUAUAUGUGA